AUGAGUGAUCACAAAGGGGUUACUACCAUGUUUGUAUCCAACAUUCCGGAUGGCGUGAACAAAGAGACAAUAAGGAAGACUUUCAACAAAUAUGGAGAGCUAACAGACGUUUACAUGGCGACAAAAACAGACUCAAAGAAGAAGUUUGCUUUUGUAAGAUUCAGAAAGGUAAACAAAGAAUGGGAGUUGGAAGCAGGUUUACAAUCAAUCAAGUGUUUGGGGUCUCUACUGGAAGUUAAUAUAGCAAAGUUUGAAAGAAAGGUGACAGACAAGUCAGUCAAAGGAUGGAAGGAAAAACCCCAUAACGGACAUAGACCACAUAUCAAUCAUUUCGUGAUGGUAGAUCAUUUGUGGAAGUUGCGAUUGGGAUACUUGCUCAGCCCCGACCCCAGCACCUCCCCUUUCAAAAAAACUGGUGACACUUAUUGA